AUGGCCAAGCUUUUGGGCUUGCUAUUGGCAUUGCCGUUUUUGGCACGAGCCCUUCCCGCAGACACUCUGGCGGCACGAGCAGAUCACAGCUCCAACGAUCCAACUUUCAACGUGUCGCAGUUUGUUCCUAACGACUCUUACAAGCCUCAUAAGACUGGAAUUCCGUUCACAUUGCUGGACACAUCAAUUCAACCAUGGGCUAAGCUCAAUCAGCCAUUAAAGACAGAAGCCGUUGCAAAUAUUGAUGCCGCAACCACUUGCACUCCUUUGGCAGCAUCAAACCCAUCUACCUGGUGGUACGAAAGCAUCGCUCACAACGGAUUAUCUUCUUUCAUGUCCUCGAACUACAGGAGCAACUAUGCCGUCUUCCGCAAUGUCGUGACUGACUAUGGUGCGGACAACACUGGAGCCACCGACGCAUCUAAAGCUAUUCAAAAUGCCAUUAAUGCCGGCCCUUCAAAUGGUGGUCCUGUCAGAGGCUCCGGAAACUAUGGUACAACUGGUCAACCUGCUGUCGUCUACCUCCCGGCUGGAACAUACUUGAUGUCCAACAAUAUUCAGCUUCUCGUCGGUACUGUGCUCGUUGGUGAUCCCAUCAACCCUCCAACCCUCAAAGCUACCUCUAGCUUCCCCAAUGAUCAUAUCGUCUAUGCUAAGGACCCGAACUAUGGUGGAACCAUCAAUUUUUACAUUGGCAUCAAGAACAUCAUCAUAGAUUCAACAGCAGUCAAUGGCGCCACAAAUAUAGCACUUCUAGACUGGACCGUUAGUCAGGCCACCCAGCUCUCCAACGUUGUUUUCAACAUGCCUGACUAUUCCACUGGCCACGUUGGUGUCACCUCUCAAUACGACUCCAACAGCAAUAUCAUCUUGAAUGACUUGACAUUCAACGGUGGUGCAUACGGACUCAAACUUUCUGGUCAGCAAUGGAUUCUCAAGAACAUCAAGACAAGUGGUACUACCACAGGUAUCUCUGCCGGCGGUUUCAGCGUCGUUUGCCAGGCAUGCUCCUUUGAAUAUGCUGCAACUGGUAUUGAUGCCACAGGUGUAUCCGGUACGACUACUGUUAUUGACUCUUCUGGCUUGAAUCUUGGUGUCUUCCUUAAAGGAACCAACAGUGGUGGUGCUGUCAAUUCCGUGGUUCUUGAAAACGUUUCGUACGACGGAACCACCGUUUCGAUGAGCGGUAGCACUGUUUUGUCCGGAAGCGUUACUGAUACUUGGGUUUAUGGCCACCUGUACUCAAGCGGCAGUUCUAGUAGUAGCCCGGUCACCGGUCGUACCGUGACAACUCCUCGCUCCUCGUCACUCUUAUCUAAUGGCCGUUACUUCAUCACAGAGAAACCCCUGACAUUCCAGGAAUACUCGAUCAACCAGGUUUUGAACAUCAAAUCAGUUGCCGGCUUGCCCGUGUACGGUGAUGGCUCUACUGACGACACCGCAAACAUCAACUCUAUCCUGUCGAAAUAUGCUGGAUGCAAAGUGAUCUAUUUUCCUGCUGGAACCUACAUUGUGACUAACACUAUCUUCAUCCCGGCCGGGUCGCGCAUCUAUGGUGAUGCUUACGGAACAGCUAUUUCAGCCAUUGGUUCUAACUAUUACAACCCUAAUGCACCAGGUACUAUGGUCCGGGUCGGAAACUCCGGUGACGUCGGUGUUGCACAAAUUGUUGAUAUGAUCUUUACGGUUGCGGACGUUCUCCAAGGCUGCAAAUUGGUCGAGGUGAACAUUGCCGGGUCCAGCCCUGGCGACGUGGGUUUCUGGAACUCCCACUUCCGUAUCGGCGGUGCUGCUGGUAGUCAUGUACAGACGAAUUGUGGCGGUAGUCCCGAUCAGUGCAAGGCAGCUUGGGGUUUGAUUCAUCUUACCAACACAUCCUCUGCUUACAUCGAGAAUAUGUGGGGAUGGACUGCUGACCACGAUUUGGACGGAAACAAUGGCCAAACCAUCUCAACCGGUCGUGGUAUGCUUGUCGAGGCUACCAAGGGAACAUGGCUUGUGGGAACGGCCAUGGAGCACCACACCUUGUACCAAUACAACUAUAACGGUGCGCAGAACGUCGUUUCCACGUUCCAGCAAAGUGAAACACCAUAUUGGCAGGGACCUGGCAACGAUAUUGCCCCUGUCCCCUGGAGUAACAAUCUCAUCACCUCCGAUCCCUACUUUGGGUCCUGUGCCUCAGGUGACAGCCUCUGCGGCAUGGCCUGGUUUGAGCGUAUAUCCCACUCAUCCGACCUGUUCUUGUACAACGGUAUGGUCUGGACUUUCUUCAACAACAAUGGCGGUUGCAACGGUGAUUGCCAGCGGAAUGCAAUCAAUAUCCUUGAUUCAAGCCCGCUUUAUAUCUAUGGUCAGCAGGUGAAGUCUGUGACUAAUAUUUUCUUGGAGAAGGGAGCUGCUAUCGCCACGGAAAGUGCAAAUCAAGGUGGUUGGGGUGGAAAUAUUGCCGCCUAUUUGCGUGAUUCUUAG